UAACACUUACCCCUCGUUAAAUGUUGGGAUGAAGAUCAGGCAGUCUACAUGUACAAUUAAGCUAAUGGAGAGGCAGCUCAGCCCAUGGCCCUUCUAUGUCACUUCUCAUGAGACUUCCGUUUUUAAUAAGAGCAGCAAAAAGCACCCUGCUGCUGAAAUUCCAGUUUUGAGGGAGGGAUUAGGAGCUUCACUCCUGCAUUUCCUCUGGUGCCCCCCUUUUCAAGAACCUAUAGCACUUUAGGGCCAAAGUGCAUGUCAGUAAACCUAUCCCCAGGAGCCACAGUGAAAAAGCAGAGGGCUCUGAGUGUCUCUGAAAGACUUUAUUGCCUCUCAAAACGAAGAGCCCACACAAGAAUCAGCUGGAACCUGGCCAGCAACAGACAGCAGAGAACAGCAGUUCACUUGAAAAAGAUAUAAGAAGCUGUUGCCUAAAUCAAGAUGUUUAAAAUACGUAAAGCAAAGGAUGAGGAGCCAACUGCUCCAGGGCAGGUGAAAAUUAAAAUAAAGUCAAAGGUGCCUGGAGUUAUGAUCACCCAGUGUGUGGAAGAACUACCUGAAGGAAUGACCACCCCAGAUUUCACUCGGAAACCCAUUGCUCUAACUAUUCAAGAAGGAAAAACGGUUAUCUUCAGAUCAGUCAUUACUGGCAACCCAACACCGACUGUGACCUGGGAGAGAAACAAUGGGGCAAUUGAUGAAGAAAGGUGCCAAAUGAUCCAUGAUAAAAGUUCUGGUGAAUACCAACUACAGAUGCCUGGUGUAACGGUGGAUCAAGCUGACACCUACAAGUGUUUCGCCAGAAAUGAAUAUGGAAAAGCGGUUGUAACUGCUUCGCUUCAUGUUAUUGAGGUUGGCUUUAAAAAGAGCAGAGCCAUGCAAGAAUCAAGAACAGCUAUCCGAGAGAUACCCGAGGACUUCAAAAAGGCCUUAAAUAAGGUCGAGUUUGAGGCAAAAGAAGAGAAAAAGCCAGAAAUCGAUGAAAAGUUUUGGGAACUGUUGAUGAGUGCAGACAAGAAAGAUUAUGAGGCCAUCUGUGCUAAGUAUGGUGUCACUGAUUUUCGGCGGAUGCUGAAUAAACUAAGUGAGAAGAAGAUUGAAAGGCAACAAGAGCAAGAAAAGGUUGUUGAAAGGCUAUGCAACCUAAAGCCUAUUGCAAUGAAGGAUGAUGGAGAUGCAGAGUUUGAACUUGAAAUGUCCCUUAAAGACCCUACCAGCAAAAUCUUCAUAUUCAAGGAUGGAGUUAUGAUUCCUUUUGAUAUGGACACAGAGGUCAAACAUGGACUGAAGCAAGUAGGAAAGAAGUUUAUUUUUAGCAUCAAUGGUGUUGACCCAGAUGAUGCAGGAUUAUACCAAGUGGAGGUUGAUGGGGUUAAGAUCUUCUCGACUGACUUCAAACUUCCACCUGUGGACUUCUUGGUCAAGAUUCAAGAUGUGAAACCAGAGGAAAGAGAGGACGCUGUGUUUGAGUGUGUCAUCUCGCAACCCAUGAAAAAGAUAAACUGGAUGGGAAAGAAUAUCCCACUAGAGCAAGGGGAUAAAUAUGACAUCAUUGUGUCGGAGGACAUGCUGAUUCACACAUUGGUGGUGAAGGACUGCAUGCCAUUGGACAAAGGAAUUUAUGCGGCUGUGACUGGGCAUGUAUCCUGCAGUGCCUGGCUUAUAGUGGAAGCUGACAAUGAUCCAAACUCGCAUGGAAAGAAGAAAGCCCGCAAAACAACCAGAGCAGGUGGUGGUGGAGACGACCUUUUGAAGAUUGCUGAGGAGCAAAAUGCUAAGGUACAGAAAGAGAGAGGGGAGUUGAUGGCAAAGGCAAAGGCAGAGGCAGAAGCUGCAGCUGCAGCAGCCGCCGCGGCUGCAGCUGAGAAAGCGGCAGCCAAAGCCGAAGCCGAAGCUAAGGCUAAAGCAGAAAGAGAAGCCAAAGCUAAGGCUAAAGCUGAAGCUAAAGCUAAAGCUAAAGCCGAAGCUAAAGCCAAGCCAAAGGCAAAGACAGAGAAAAAGACAAAGGCAAAGGUGAAGACAGAGGCAAAGGCAGAAGCAACCGAUGAUGUGGAGGAAGAGGAUGAAGAAGAAGAGGAAGAAGAGGAGGAAGAGGAUGAAGAGGAUGUACAGCAGGAAGAAAAAAAGGAGGAGGGAGAGGCUCCUGCUGAAGUUGCUGAUGAUGAAGAAGGAGAGCAUGUUCAAGAGAAAAGAAAGAGAGUGAGAGAAGGCCCACUUGUCCCUGAAACAGUCAUUGACCCAGGAGUAUACUUCACCGGCGGACUGUCAGAUGUAACCGCAAUUAUUGGUACUGAUGCAGAACUGGUCUGCAAGCUGAGCAGUGAGGACUGUGACGGAGUCUGGUACAAAGAUGGGAAAGAGAUAACAGCUACAGACGAUAUCUGUAUUGUUAAAGAUGGGACUUAUCGCAAACUAAUUAUCAAAAACUGCAAAGAAGAUGAUACUGGAAAGUACCGCUGUGAAGCUGACGGGCGUAAAACCGAGGCUGCACUUAGUGUUGAAGAUCCUCCAAGGAUAAACCCUGAUGACCUCGCUGAGUUCAGAAAACCUGUCAUAAUCAAAACUGGGAAAGACGCAGUCUUCAAGCUGCCCUUCCUUGGCCGGGAACCCAUGAAGAUACAGUGGUACAAUGAGGGCGAAGAGCUGCUGGAGGACACCCAUAUCAAAAUCGAGAAGUCUUCCACACACAGCCGCCUGCUGCUUACCAAGUGCAAACGCAAAAUCUCAGGAGAAAUUAAGAUAAAGAUUAAAAAUGAAUGUGGAACAAUUGAGGCCAUCACACAGCUUGUUAUAUUAGACAAACCAACACCACCCCUUGGCCCUGUGGAUAUCAUUGAAAGUUCGUCAACUUGCAUUGACUUCAAAUGGAGGAUUCCCAAAGACAAUGGAGGUUCCCCUAUCACGGACUACAUCAUGGAGCGCCAGCAAAUUGGCCGAAACAGCCGGAAGAAAUUAGGCAAGAUUGGCCCAGAGCCUAAGUACAGGGACACUGAUGUGGAUCAUGGCAGAAAGUACUGCUACCAUAUCAGGGCGGAAACUGAUCAAGGCAUCAGUGAAAAGAUGGAGACCGAUGAUAUUCAGGCAGGGACAAAGGCAUACCCUGGUGCUCCUUCUAAACCAACAAUUGUUAGUGCUUUCAAAGACUGUAUCAAUCUUGCUUGGUCUGCACCCACUAAUACUGGAGGAACGAACAUUUUGGGAUACAACGUGGAGAAACGCAAGAAUGGCAGUAAUCUGUGGGGCCUUGUCAACCCACCCGAAGAGCUCAUCAGAGAGAAAAAGUAUGCAGUGAAGGAUGUUGUUGAAGGCCUCGAAUAUGAGUUCCGUGUAUCAGCUAUCAACAUUUCUGGUGCUGGAGAGCCAAGUACGCCUUCUGAAUUUGUGUUUGCAAGAGAUCCAAAGAAACCCCCUGGUAAAGUUAUUGACCUGAAGGUGACAGAAUCCACAUACUCUACCUUAUCGCUGAGUUGGACCAAACCCACAGAGGAGGAAGGGGUCCAAGAUGAGGCCAAAGGAUACUUUGUGGAGCUCAGACCAGCAGAAGACCCAGAAUGGGGUCGCUGUAACUCCAAUGCUAUCAUUAUGACCUCCUAUACUAUCAUGGGUCUGAAGUCUAUGGCCAUGUACUGGGUAAGAGUUGUAGCCACCAAUGAAGGCGGAGACGGUGAGCCUCAAGAGUUGAACAACUACAUCAUCGCAAUGCCUCCUCCAGUGAGACCUCAGUUCACUGACAAAAAAAUGAAGACCUUUAUAGUGAUGAAAGCUGGGAACUCCGCUCGAAUCAACUUCAACUUUCAGGCUUCUCCAAUGCCAGCUAUCAAAUGGCUCAAGGACGGCCUCCCUGUCGGCAAGCAUGUGAGAGUGAUCAACACGGACACGUCAUCACAGUUAAUGAUCCCCUCAUCAGAGCGCCAUGACACUGGGAUCUACACAAUCAUUCUCAAGAACCUUGUUGGUCAGGAGACUUCUAGUGUUGAGAUAAGAAUCACAGAUGAGCCCAAGCCUCCAGGCCCCGUGGAGCUGGAGGAGAAUGUGUCGGGAACAGUGACGGUCUCCUGGACGGCCUCUCCGGAUGAGAAGAAAGACGACAGGCUGCACUACAUGAUCACCAAGCGUGAUUCUGUGAAGCGUACUUGGCAAACCGUUGCAGACCACCUCUUCAAUAACAAGUACACCAUCAUCAAUAUCAUGCCGGGAAGGCAGUAUAAGUUCCGGAUCUACACCAGGAAUGACAUGGGGCUUUCCAAACCCUCUGAGUCUGCGACCUGGGAAGUGAAGAAAAGAAAAGAAAUAUUUUCUUUGAACCUUCCUGAAUCUAAAAACUGCAGCUUUGAGGCGCCUCCCUCGUUCUCUGUUCCGCUAAAAAUGCACAACAGUCCAGAGAGCUACGAGUGCUACAUGAGUUGUGCAGUGACAGGAAACCCCAAACCCUAUGUUACCUGGUAUAGAAAUAGCAUCAGCCUCAACACCAACACUAACUACUACAUCACUAACACAUGCGGCGUCUGCUCCAUGGUGAUACUCAAAGUUGGGCCCAAGGACUGCGGGGAUUACACAGUCAUUGCAGAAAACCCUCUGGGCAGAGAGGAGUGUUCCACUAAACUUGUUGUUAAAGAUUAGGACGACGCAGUGGGCCUGAACUCCUGAAGAUGCCAUGUUCCAUUUCAAAUGAAAGGAACAUAAAGGAUUUGCCAAUUUUGAAACCUGUUUUUUUUUUGUGAAUUACUAUAUUCAUGUGUUUCAAUAAACUGUAAAGAAAGAAAGUAAGAAAGAAAGCAAGACAGAAAUGUUUGUUGUAUUUGAGUGCAAAUUUUACUCAAUUCAUCUACUGGAUGCAAAGAGCACUUUGACAAGAGACAUCCAAGAUUCAGUAGUAAUUAUAUGCUAAUCUUGGACUCAAACAUGUUUAUUCAUUGACCUCUUUUUCCUCUGCUGUUUUCUGAAUAAGACAGAAAGUCUGCUGGAUUCUACGACCUCAUAGAAAAUUGACGAUAUGACAAUAUAGCUAUAGCUGAGUAUGUUUAAGUGUUUGUAUGUUUUGUGUCUGAAUUAUUAAUUAUACCAAAAAUGUAAAUAAAUCCUUCCUGUUCAAC